UGAACAUAAUGACUUGUUCAAAGAUCUUUACAUCUGCUACAAUUUUGAGCACAUUGCUAGUGUUGUGCUGGACUCAAACUAGCGAUGUGUCAGGCCAAGGAAAGCAAUAUCAAGCAGACGAUCCUCAGUGCCCGGCAUUCGAUCCGUGCCAGCUGCCGCCUUGCUGGGAUCCAGUCCAGGACCCUAAUGAUCCCUGCUGUAAAAAAUGCCCCAAUGGUAAAAAUUGUCGAGCCCCUGAUGGAAAAAUAAUUGCACAGCACGGAAGUUACUCAAUAAACUCCACGCAUACUUGCAACUGCGGGGACCUCGAUGCAAUCCCAUUCGGUCAACAGAUGGCUAUCUGCUACGUCCCGUUAGGCUAGCCCCGCACUAAUCUUGAUCUAGGGGAAUGUAUCGUGCCGACAGUACAUUGGUUCUGUAAUUUGUAUUCAAAUACCUGCUUAGGUGCAUGAAUUGUAUAGUAUUAUCAAUUACCUCAAUGUUUUCAUGUUGUGCAUGAAUUUCAGUGAAUAAAUGUGUUGA